AUGAAAUCUUUUAUACAAAUCCCUUUCGAUUCACAUUUUCCUAUUCAAAAUUUACCAUUUGGAAUCUUUUCUACACAGCAAAAUCCUACGCCCCGAGUCGGCGUUGCUAUAGGGGACCAAAUAUUAGACUUGACUGCCAUAACUACUUUAUUUGAAGAACAUGUUCCGGAAUUGAAGGAUCCAUCGAAUGUUUUUUCUCAGUCUUCUUUAAAUUCGUUUAUGUCAUUAGGAAAACCGUUAUGGCAAGCUACACGAAGAUUCUUACAAAACAUAUUGUCAAAUGGUAAUCCAGAAUUACGAGACAAUGACCAGCUUCGACAAAAAUCAUUCGUGGCACAGCAAGCAGCUAAAAUGCAUUUACCAGCCCAGAUUGGAGACUAUACGGAUUUUUAUGCUUCAAAAGAACAUGCAACUAAUGUUGGUGUAAUGUUCAGAGGCAAAGAUAAUGCAUUGAUGCCUAAUUGGUUAGUAUUUAUCGAUUCGUUUUAUAUUGGAAGGUACAUUAACUUAAAAAAAAAACGUUCAAGGGUACAUUUGCCGGUUGGAUACCACGGACGGUCUUCUUCAAUUGUUGUUUCCGGAACGGAUAUUGUUCGUCCAUGUGGACAAAGAUUACCUGUAAAAGAUCAACCUCCAAUUUUCGGUCCCUCCGUCAAGUUAGAUUUUGAAUUAGAAAUGGCAUUCUUUGUUGGUUCAGGUAAUAAACCCGGGGAGCGAAUUCCGAUUGAUCAAGCAAGUCAACAUAUUUUUGGCCUGGUUUUAAUGAAUGAUUGGAGUGCCUGGGAAUAUGUACCGCUAGGCCCUUUUUUGGGUAAAAAUUUUGGAACAACCAUUUCACCAUGGGUUGUCAUGUUGGAUGCCUUAGAACCAUUUUUAACUAAUGGACCCACUCAGGAUCCGACUCCUUUAUCCUAUCUCGAACAUAAUGUUCCAUCGGCAUAUGAUAUUCAAUUAGAAGUAAAAAUGAAACCAAAUGAAAGUGAUUCUUUCAAAACGUUAACAAGAUCAAAUUUAAAGUACAUGUAUUGGUCUCUAAAGCAACAACUUGUCCAUCAUACGGUAAACGGGUGUAAUAUGCGCCCUGGUGAUUUAUGUGGUACUGGAACUAUAAGUGGACGUACUGAAGAUUCUAGAGGGUCUUUACUGGAGAUUACAUGGAAUGGACAAAAUGAAAUUGAGUUCGAGAAUGGAAUUAAAAGAAAAUUUAUUGAAGAUGGAGAUGAAAUAAUAUUAACAGGAUAUUGUAAAGGGGAAGGUUAUUUGAUUGGAUUCGGUGAAUGUACUGGUAAAAUUUUACCCGCUUUACAAUAA